UCACUUUAAUUGGCUAUUAAAAUCAAUUAUUUAUCAUAAGCAAGGUGGACAAAAUUUAAAAAAAGAGAGAAAAGGUGUUCACCCCUUUUGUCCCUUGUAGAGAUUUUACUACCUCGCUUCUCUAUUGUUCCUUCACCGGAAUCCGUCACCGGCCGGCGAUGCCGGCUAUUUAUAACCCUAACUGGUUCUGCACUGCUCCGAAUAUCAAUCCUAACUCCUCUUUCUCGACCUUCGGCUUCCCUAAAACCCUCACAUUUUCAAACUCGUUAUCUUCAUCUCUCGAAUUCAGCUCUACUGAGUCUAAUCCUUUCUCCGUUAAUCGGAGAAGGCGGCGGCGUUUUGUGACUGUUGAAGCUGCUGCGAAGUCGUCCAGCUCCGACCUGUAUUCAGUUCUUAAUGUGAGUAGAAAUGCAACGCUCCAAGAGAUCAAAGCAUCUUAUCGCAAGCUUGCUCGCAAGUAUCAUCCUGAUAUGAAUAAAGGGCCUGGAGCUGAAGAAAAGUUUAAGGAGAUUAGUGCUGCAUAUGAGGUAUUAUCAGAUGAUGAGAAAAGGUCUUCAUAUGACCGUUUUGGCGAGGCAGGGUUGCGAGGAGAGUAUGAUGUGCCUGGUGGCAGUCCGCAGGGGGUGGACCCUUUUGAAGUAUUUUCUGAGUAUUUUGGUGAAUCAAAUGCCUUUUUUGGAGGAAUUGGAGGAUCCAGAGGCUUCAACUUUGAUUUCAAGAAUAUGGGGAGGCAGAACCUUGAUAUUCGUUAUGACCUUGAUUUGAGCUUUGAAGAGUCUAUAUUUGGAGGGCAGCGAGACAUCGAAGUACCCUCUCUCGAUGAAUGUGAUAGGUGUGACGGGACUGGUGCUAAAUCUAGCAGUUGUGUUAAAGUCUGUUCUGAAUGUGGUGGAAGAGGAGGAGUGGUGAAAACACAGAAAACACCUUUUGGUAUUAUGACUCAGGUAUCUGCAUGCUUGAAAUGUGAAGGUAAGGGAAGGAUAGUAACUGAUAAUUGUCAAAAAUGUGGUGGCCAUGGUCAAAUACAAUCAAAACGAAGUAUCAAAGUGGUGGUUCCACCUGGAGUUCAUGAUGGAGCCACGAUGCAAGUUCGAGGAGAGGGUAACAUUGACAAGAAAAGUAGUAUGUCUGGUGACCUCUAUUUGGUCAUCCAUGUUGAAGAAAAACGUGAUAUUUGGAGGGAUGGUCUCAACCUGUACUCAAAAUUAGAUGUCGAUUUUACGGAGGCCAUUCUGGGGACAGUUAAGAAGGUGACAACUGUAGAUGGUAUAAAAGAUCUUCAGAUUCCUCCUGGAUGUCAGCCUGGAGAAAAGAUUAAAAUGUCAAAAAUGGGAGUGCCAGACAUGAAUAGAUCUUCAGUUAGAGGAGAUCAUAUUUUUCUGAUAAAUGUUCAGAUCCCAAAGAAUCUCAGUGAUGCAGAGCGCACCUUAGUUGAGAAGUUGGCUUCACUUAGAGUAACAUCCAAACAUCAUUCAGUCUCAUCUGACGGUGAACGUAGAGGUGUAGCGCGUUUGUGGAAACCAGUCAAAGACUUUCUGAGGAUUGGACGAUCUUCAAGAAGAUUUGCAUCAGUUAGCACAGAGACGACAGCUGUAUGGAGUUUGAGCAGACCGUUACCUAGUUUUCCUCUAAUGACGUCACUUUCUGCUGUUUUAUUUGGAACAUGUAUUUUAGCCUUCAUCGUAAAAUGUUGCAGCAGAAACGAUUAGGAAAACCAAUUUUUGUUCUUCACAGGGAAAUUAAAGAGCAAUAGUCGUGAUGAUAUUGUACUGUUCAUCUCAUUCAAUAUAUUGAUUUGGUACAUGUAUUUUUGCUUA